AUGUCCUCUAAUAUAAACACAACGGGAUACACCAACAUGGCAUUUUUAUCUGUCCCCAUUGAAGACCCUGAAGAAGAACCCUAUGAAGAGAAACCGGAAGAAGCCGUUUACUAUAAUAAUUUGUCAAUGGCUAUGGACAUUAGUAUAAAGGAUCUCCAAAAUAUUAUCAAACAAAGAGAAACAAAUGAAAAUGCAGGAUUUAUCAAAGAGUUCAAGUCGCUUCCUUAUGGAGUCAGAUUUGAAUGCACAACCUCACACCUAGAAGAAAACUUGCCGAAAAAUAGAUUUAAAACAGUAUUCCCAUAUGAUCAUUCAAGAGUUCUUCUGGAAACAAAGGACGGAUAUCUUUCAGAUUAUAUAAAUGCAAAUUACAUUGAAAAUAUGACAGGGAGACGAGAGUAUAUUGCAUGUCAAGGUCCCCAAUGUAACACUAUUGUUGACCAUUGGAGAAUGAUUUGGCAGGAGAAUGUAGAAUAUAUCGUUAUGUUGACCAACCUUAUUGAGGGACCAAAGGUGAAAUGCCAUCAGUAUUGGCCAGAUGAAGGGAGUGAACUAAAUAUUGACCAAUUUUCUGUGAAGUUGAUUGAAGAGAAAAUAUAUGCUUAUCAUGUUGUCAGGAAAAUUAAUUUGCGCAAGAAGAAGGUCAGCGGAUCAAGGACGGUGGUGCAGUUUCAUUUCCCAAGCUGGCCAGAUCAUAGGACACCAAAUCCUUUAUCCCUGCUCUUCUUUCAUCGUCACUUCCGGCACAAAAUUAGACCAUCAAAUCAUCCAAUCAUUGUACAUUGCAGUGCUGGUAUAGGGCGAACAGGAACGUUUAUUGCUUUGGACGUUCUGUCCAGGUACGGGGACGAAAAGGGUAAAGUCAAUGUCAUCGAGUUUGUAAAGAGUAUGCGUAAAGAUAGAAUGACUAUGGUUCAAAAUGCAGAUCAAUAUGCUUUCCUCUACCAUGCACUACAUGAAUAUUUUAAAAGUAAAAGGAACUUUGUCAGCAGGAGAGAGUUUUUUGAGUUAUAUGGAGAAACAGAGAGACCGGAAACAAGGAAGCGACUUAGAAAUGAGUUCAAUCAUUUACUGAUUGUCAGUAGCUAA